CAAUCCGCUGCGUUGCCCACCCAGGACCACCAUCAGCGCUGCUGUGGGAGAAGUCGGUCUCCUUGUUCUCGCAGUGCUGCCUGGCUGCGGAGUCCGGCGGGAGAGCGGUGUGCUCGGCCGUGGUGGGGGCUCCCCGGAGACGGUCCGCUCGCUGACAGACGCCGUGUCUCUGGCUGAGAAGGGGAUGGAGGAGCUGAGGCCUAACGGCGGCCCUGCGCCCCAGCCUUUCCCAGCACUCUUCCCCCCAGGCCUGCAUGCCAUAUACGGCGAGUGCCGGAGGCUGUACCCGGAGCAGCCCAAUCCCCUGCAAGUCACAGCUAUAGUGAAAUACUGGCUGGGUGGACCAGACCCUCUAGAUUAUGUAAGCAUGUACAGAAAUCUUGGGAGUCCCGCACGUGGUGUUCCAGAACACUGGCAUUAUGUCAGCUUCGGUUUGAGUGAUCUGUACGGUGAUAACAGAGUACACGAAUACACUGGAACUGAUGGCCCAAGUGGCUUUGGCUUUGAGCUUACAUUCAGACUGAAGAGAGAGGCAGAAGAAUCUGCUCCCCCAACAUGGCCGGCAGAACUUAUGCAAGGCCUAGCGCGAUAUGUCUUUCAAUCUGAGAACACAUUCUGCAGUGGUGAUCAUGUAUCAUGGCACAGUCCUCUGGACAACAGUGAGUCUCGAAUUCAACACAUGCUCCUGACAGAAGACCCUCAGAUGCAGCCAGUACAGACUCCAUUUGGAAUGGUAUCAUUCUUACAGAUAGUUGGCAUAUGCACAGAGGAGUUACAUGCAGCCCAGCAAUGGAAUGGACAGGGGAUUCUGGAGCUCCUCCGCACUGUUCCUGUUGCUGGAGGACCCUGGUUGAUAACCGAUAUGCGAAGAGGAGAAACUAUAUUUGAAAUUGAUCCACAUUUGCAACAGGAGAGAGUUGAUAAGGGUAUUGAAACAGAAGGAUCGAACCUUAGUGGUGUGAGUGCUAAAUGUGCGUGGGAUGAUCUGAGUCGCCCCCCGGAGGAUGAAGAUGACAGUCGGAGCAUUUGCAUUGGCACACAGCCGCGACGCUUGUCAGGCAAAGACACCGAGCAAAUCAGAGAAGCUUUACGAAGAGGCCUUGAAAUAAACAGUAAACCUGUUCUACCUCCUAUAAGUUCACAGCGACACAAUGGCAUGAACCAUGACCGGGCGCCGAGUCGAAAAGAUAGCUUAGAGAGUGAAAGCUCUGCAGCUCUUAUUCCUCAUGAGUUAAUACGUACAAGACAACUCGAGAGUGUUCACCUCAAGUUUAACCAGGAGUCUGGAACACUGAUUCCCCUUUGUUUAAGGGGAAGACUGUUACAUGGAAGACAUUUUACAUAUAAAAGUAUUACUGGAGACACUGCAAUCACAUUUGUGUCCACGGGAGUGGAAGGUGCUUUUGCCACAGAGGAACACCCAUAUGCAGCACAUGGUCCGUGGCUACAAAUUUUACUGACUGAGGAGUUGGUGGAAAAAAUGCUGGAAGACUUAGAAGAUUUAAGCUCUCCAGAGGAACUAAAAUUACCAAAGGAAUACAGUUGGCCGGCAAACAAGCUGAAAAUCUCCAUUCUACCAGACACGGUGUUUGAUAACCCACUGCAUUAAUGCUGGAGGAACGUCGACAUGUCUUCCUGCAAUAUGGGAGAGCCAAGAUGCACUUUCCCCUGUACAGCACAGUUUUUGCAAUAAAACAAAAAACGGAGAAAGCCAAAGGAUUGCAUUUCCUGCACAGUCACUGCAUCAUGAGACAGUUGAACACAGAAAAAGUGUGUGGAUUUUCAACAAUGUGUUUUUUUGGUUUUUUUUGAGUAACCUGUGCCUGAGUGAACACCAAGUCAAUUACUAUAUGGUAUUCACCACUCAGUCAUUUUAUAAUGUCCAGACACAAGGCAAUGGUGUAAAAAUAAUAAUUACUGACCAUGAAUGACCGUAUUGUGGGUUCUAUGAGCAGUCCUCAAUAAGACUUGUCAUUUAAGUGUUACAAACUGUGUGGUUGCGUUCUGAUAAUCUACCAUGGUGUGUCUUGUUUUAUAUGUUUUGGUUUGUUUGUGUUUUUUUCUUUUUUUUUUUCUUUUCCCAGUUGUGAAUGGGACAGCGGAACUCUCUGUCAGUAAUUGGACCAAGAACUAUGUGAAUUAUUCAUGUUUUGAUUCAUAACAGUGUUGAGCAAUUGUGGCAUUACCUUAAUCGUGAAGAAUCUUCACAUUUCACCUGUUGAGAAGUGGUCACGUUUAGCAGUAUUCUUUAGCAAGUUGUCCAGUUACUUCUAGUUUAUUUAUUUCCCAGUCCAUGUUCGUACAUCUUACGUGCAUUACUCUAAAUAGCUUGAACACAAUCUAGCUUUUGAAUUAUAGUUGUCAAACAUUCUUGUUUUUUUUCUUUUCUUUAUAUAGAGACCCGAGCUGAAAACAAAACUCAGUGGAACAAAUAUAAAACAUGAGUGCCUGUCUUUUAAUCUUUUAAAUUUAUAUGGCUUUGAGACUUCUAAUCAUUUUUUUAUAUAACUAUAGGGACUUUGAUACUAAGUUGUACUUCAGCAAACACUGUAAUUGAAUGGGUUUGAUCCUGUCUGUACUUAUGAUGUAUUAGAGUUGCUAACUGGAGAGAAAAGGUGGGAGCUUAUGGAUGUAUAGCAUUCCUGCAGGUAUGUUUUUAUUUUUGUUCUUAUGGCUAAUAGUUCUGCAUCCUAUGGGUAAUCGGUUGAUUCAGGAUAAACCAAGGAACAUUAUUAAUAUUUUGACUUUUUUUUGUACACUUUUGUGUAUAUUUUUAAAUGACCAAUUUAGUUGAUAUACCCCCAUAGAAAAUAUGCAUGCAAUUAGUUUUACGUAUUUUCUUGUGGGUAUAUGAAGUGUUGGCUUGCAGUAGCUGCAGAUCAAUAUGGGCAAGCUACCGCAACCCCUCCCCAGCACAGACUUACUGUGGCUGUCCAUUCCGAUUUUCUCAAUGCAGCUUACUUAUCUUUCUUAUAGCACUGCUAACUAAUUUCACAUAAGUAGUGUUUAUGGGUACAGCAACGGAGUUGUGGUUAAUUGACUCUGUGCCGGUAAAAGCUAACAAGUGAAUUACAACUCCCGGACCCCAAAUUAAUGACAUAAGUAUUUGAGCAAAAAGGAAGAGGGGGGACCCUAGAUUGACAGGGAUGAAUAUAAAAGGUAGGCUUAUGGAACAAAAAACAUUUUUUUAAGCUAAAGAAGAUGACUUAAAAAUCUCACCCAGAAAGAAUUAUUCUCAAAUUGCCCCACACAUGUGAGGAGUGUAUGGAUUAUCCUCAAACUGGUAAACAAAGCAAAUUUGAGUGUGAACAUUUAACAAAGAAGUCCUUGUGAACCUCUCAUUGCUUAUAUUUGCAUAGCCCAACUUUCUAAUGAAGCCAUAGGUUAGGGAACCUGAACAGAUAGCAUAGAAUAUUAAAUAUUUUUUGGCAUGAUUUUUAGGUAACAUAAACCACAUGCUAGGCCAAGAAAAGUACCUUUUGUAUUGUAUGUUUUAUACCAGUGACUCUUCAAAUGAGAGAGCCUUCCUUAUUCUUAGCAAUGAAUAUCAAUGACCCAUCCUGACCUACCAACCCUCCCGCCCUAGAAUGUGGCUCUCAAUUUUAUUUAACAUCGUUUAUUAAAUUUACUUUUUCUGGUUUGGCUAUCUUAGCCUAAUUUUUUACAUUUUGUGUUCAUAUUAUAUAGUAAACGAUCAAUAAAAAGGGCCUGUUGAUUGCAAUGAAAAUGACUUGCAGAACGUGGAAUAUUCUAAGCACCAUAACCACUGCCGCCCAAUGUAGCCCAGAUAAGUAACUAUUCUAAAACGGUUUGUGAAAGUGCCAGGACACACCUGGCACUAUAAUCACUACAAUGGGCAGUAAUCGUCAUGGUACUUGGAGUUUUAAUUUAAAGGUUAAAAGUUGCCUUUCUCGUAUUUUUUUUAUUUUUUUAUUUAUUUAUUUUUUAACCUAAGAAAUGAAAAGUUUGUAUAUUCAA